AUGUCCAAACUUGAUACUUAUCACAUCAUGGUUGUCUCGAAAUAUUUUGAGACGAUUAGAGAUAUUAUAAAACUGGAAAUUGUGUGCAAGAAGUACAAAAACACUAUGAAAAAGUUUCAUUAUAAUCCAGUUCCAGUCACAGACAAAACUAUUAAUUAUUUUCCAAAAAUUUUAACACUUUAUUUGUAUCACAAAGAAGAUGAAAUUUUUUUAAAUGUAUUUUUAAUCACUACGCCAAAUAGUGAUUAUUGUGAAAAUACACACAAACCAAAUAUUAAAAUUGCAAUAAAAAAUUUUACAAUUGUUGACAAAAACAUAAAAUAUAAAAAUGUUAUAUUUAAAAAUGUGACAUACACAAAAAACGACAGAAAAACGUUUGGUGAUACUAUUCCAUUAAUAGUCAAAUCAAUUGGCGAAAAAUGUUUUUAUUUUAAUACUACUUUGAUUAAUCUUACUGUUCCUUCAAAUGUGACUUUAUUAGGCGAUUAUAGUUUUUGUCAUUGCGAUAAUCUGGUUAGUGUGAUAUUACCACCGACAAUUACAAAAUUAAGUUAUAAAUGUUUUGCUAUGUGUGAAAAACUAAAAAGUAUAGAAAUACCAUUAAGUGUUGUGUCUAUUGGUGAUUAUUGUUUUUUCGAGUGUUAUAGUCUAAUCAAUAUUACAAUACCAUCAAACGUUUCAUCAAUUGGAUUUGCUUGUUUUGGUGACUGUUACAAACUGACAACUGUGAAUAUAUUGUCACUUAAUGUGUCAAUUGGUUGUGAGUGUUUUCCUAUAAACACAGAAGUGCAUUACAUCAAUUGA